AUGAACUUCUUCAAGGCAGACAAGUCAACACAGUAUGUGUCUGUAGAAGAGAGCUCGGAGUGUAGUGAAGACCAGCUGCCUCUGCGAAGGAGGCCCUCGUCACCGAUUGUGUCGGUUUCUAGAUCUUAUUACUUUAUUUCGUUGCUUUUAUUUGCCAUUUUUCCUGUACUGGUGAUUGCCUUGUUUGUUCUUCACACUCGGCUAGCGAGUGCUCGAAUCGACAGCGGCUUUCUUAAAGGCUUCCCAACCGAGUUAGUACGUUUCACUGGCGGCCUUCACUUCUACAAGAAUGGGACCUUGUACCGUGAGGUAAUUGAAGGACAGCCUCAAUAUGUCGGGCCUCCAUCGCCAGAGAUUGAUGCAGCAUGGAAGAGUCUGCUGAAAGGCCAAUACAUGAAUCUUGUUGGGAGCGAAGCAUCGAGCAUGGUCGGGCGCACGUGGAAAGACAGCCAUGGGAACUAUGAAGUGGCAUGUGAUGCAUACCCUCCAUUGCGUGGUAAAGUACCUCAGGCCCGUGAUAUGUCUGCCGCGAUGACUAACACGUCGAAGAACAAAGUGAGGAUGGCUCUGGAUCCAGAUUAUUACAAGGAGGAGGAAAGCCCCAGAAUUCAUAGGAUGCACGUCGACCACUGCCUUGACUAUCUUAGGCAGACGGUACAAUGCCACGGUGACCUGACUCCCAUGGUUUUCAGCUGGUCGGAUGAUGCUGGCAGGGUUGUUGCCGACUGGAAAGAACCUCACACAUGCCGCAACUUUAACCGUGUUCGCAGUUGGGCUGAAGACCACUUUCGGCCAUGA